UAACACCUGACACCUCGAAAACAGGAAAAAACAACAAGUUUCAGCCGGCAGACAGAUGCAUUGGGAGUGUUUGGAGGAGGGGCAUAGAGGCAGCAAUAAAAGCUCUCAGAGGGGAGAGUUGGCUUCAUUCUGCAGAGGAUUGUCUCCAUCAUGUCCUACUAUGAGCAUAUCAUCUUGGAUUACGACCUCAAUGACACGGGUUCUGGUUCAGGCUUCGGAGAUGAGGGAAUGGACCUGGAGGAGCCUUGUAAUGCUGCGCAGGUGAUGACAGACGAGCUUCGUCGGGUUUUCGUUCCUGUGGUUUUUGCCCUCAUCUUCAUCCUUGGCAUCACCGGAAACGGUCUGGUUGUUCUGGUGCUGGGCUGCCAGCGCAGGUCAAAGUGCAGCCUGACAGACUGGUAUCGACUCCAUCUUUCCGUUGCCGAUCUCCUCUUUGUUUUGGCGCUUCCCUUCUGGGCAGUAGAUGCAGCCUUGAAUGACUGGCGUUUUGGAGCCGCCAUGUGCAUCGGCGUCCACGUGAUCUAUACUGUCAACCUGUACGGCAGCGUGCUGAUCCUGGCCUUCAUCAGUCUGGACCGGUACCUGGCCGUGGUCCGGGCCACAGACACAAACACCGGCGGGCUGAGGCAGAUGCUGGCGCACAAGGCGGUGUAUGUAGGUGCGUGGUUGCCUGCUACUCUGCUGGCUGUCCCAGAUAUGAUAUUUGCUCGGACUAACGAGGGCGGAGAGGGUAUCGCAUGCCAGCGCUUCUACCCAGGAGAAAAUCCCCGUGUCUGGAUUGCCGUCUUUAACCUCCAGCUGGUCGUGGUUGGCCUAGUGAUCCCUGGGUUGGUUCUUCUGGUGUGCUACUGCGUCAUCGUCUCCAGGCUGACCAGAGGCCCAUUGGGGGGCCAGCGGCAGAAGCGGAGGGCAGUCAGGACAACUAUCGCCUUGGUUCUCUGCUUCUUUCUGUGCUGGUUCCCAUAUGGAGUGGGCAUCUCUGUGGAUGCGCUGCUGCGUCUGGAGAUCCUGCCCUGGAGCUGCAGGCUGAAGACAGCUUUAGACGUGUGGCUGUCGGUGGCAGAGGCCAUGGCGUUCGCACACUGCUGCUUGAACCCGCUGCUUUACGCGUUUCUGGGGGCCGGGUUCAAGAGCUCUGCCCGCAGGGCACUAACCCUUAGCAGGGCCUCCAGUUUGAAGGUGUUGCCCAAGAGACGUGCCGGGACUUCAACAACCACCGAAUCUGAAUCCUCCAGUUUGCAUUCCAGCUAGGGUUUCCCUGAGCUGCACUGUUCUGUACAUAUGUGAUAUAUUUGUAAGAGGUUUUUUUUUUGUUUUUUUUUUCAAAUAUGAGGAAAGAUAAGAAGCAGUCUGCUGGUCCAUGACUUCUCCUUCUCAUUUGUAGAUUUUCACUUGUAAAUAUUGUAAAUAUUGUUGAUAUACCUGUGUUUGCAUGCUGUUGUACAUAUUUCUAAUAAACC